AUGGUGAUUUAUUGUGUAGCAAUUGGAUGCAAGAAUGAGCAAGAUAAACGGAAAAUAUCUUUUCAUGGUUUUCCAUUUAAAAGACCAGAAGUCCUAAACCUCUGGAUAAAAGCAGUUCGAAGGGAGAACUGGACUCCAUAUAAAACGAGCAAACUUUGUGGAGAACAUUUUCAUCCAUUUGAUUAUAUAAUCAAACAAGGUUGUACUACUAAAUUAUUAAAGCCAGAUGCUGUACCUAGUGUUUUUUCAUAUCCAGCACAUUUGUUACCAAAAAUUGCUACACCUCGUAGAAAAAUAAAAAAGCUGGCUGAGUCUGUGGAUGUUCAUAAUAACUAUGUUAUUAACGAUAGUGCAACUUCUAUGGACAUUAUUGAUUUAUCUUCUACCUCGGCAUCAAGCUCACAAGUUCGAAAGAUGAUAAAUCGUGAAACCCAAACUGAUUCGAAUAAAAUGAAUAUACUUUUACAAAGAAAAGUGAAAACAUUGAAACAGAAAGUAAAGAGGAGAGAUGUGAAAAUUACCAACAUGAAAGAUGUUAUUAAUGAAAUUUCUAAAAGCGGACAUAGCAAUGAAAAUCUAGAUGAGCUUAACGAAGAAUUAACGUUUCAUCCCAAAGGCAAAUUAACUCGCUAA